AAAAAUGAAAAAUCCGAUGUGGGAUGAGGCAAGAAACAUUUCCUUCCUUCAUCCAUUUCUUCUUCUCAUUUUGCUCAUAUGGAUGCUUCGUAACUAACACUGAGAUUGAUUCAUUGAAUGAAAAAUGGCGUCGAAGCUUACAACGUGUUUUGUUCGGUGGAAUCUGAGAGGCUUCAACUGUAGUAGUAGUAGUAGUAACCAUAGCCACGGCAAUGGCAAUCGCAAUAGGGUAGUGCGCGUUCCCUUUCCAGCUUCUUGCAAAAUGCGAAACCGAACUCUCAGUUCUCAGCAUAAGAAGCAGCAGAUCAAGAAAGCGCAACCUUCCACGGAGGGAGGUUCCCAUCAGAAUCAUGAUGAUGACUCCGAGCAUGACAAGCCUUCGCUCCAUGCUUUCAAUGAUGAUUCUGUGGAAAGUUUCAAUCCGGAGUUGCCUGAUACAACACCGCCUUUGGCCAUAAACAUAAAUGGAGCAGAGGAGGAUGAACAGUUAUCUGGUAGUCAACUUCAGGAUUUGCUAGGCAUGAUAAGAAAUGCAGAGAAAAACAUACUUCUUUUAAAUCAGGCUAGAGUACAUGCACUUGAAGAUCUUGAAAAGAUUCUUGCUGAAAAGGAAGCAUUACAAGGAGAAAUUAAUGUCUUAGAGAUGAAGUUGGCUGAGACUGAUGCACGGAUUAAAGUUGCUGCCCAGGAAAAGGUAAACGUGGAACUCUUGGAGGGGCAGUUAGAGAAACUACGUAAUGAGCUGGCUCAAAAGGGAAGUACUGAAGGAAGAGAUGCUGAAUUGCAUGACCUGCAAAAUGGAGUUUUGAGUGAUGCAUAUCCUCUAAGUGGUAAUGAUAGCAUUCGUUCCCUUACUGAGGAGCUUAAUGCAUUAAGGGCAGAAAACACCUCUUUGAAGAAUGCCAUAGAAUCAUUUAAAACACAGCUUAAUGAUGUCAAGAAUAAUGAUGAACGUUUAGUGGUAUUGGAGAAGGAACGAUCAUCUUUGGAAUCAGCCCUAAAAGACUUGGAAUCAAAACUAUCAAUGUCUCAGGAUGAUGUAUCAAAAUUGUCUAGCCUUAAAGUUGAAUGCAAGGAUUUAUGGGAUAAGGUUGAAAAUUUGCAAAUGUUGCUAGAUAAAGCAACCAAACAAGCUGAUCAAGCUAUUAUUGUGCUGCAACAAAAUCAGGAUCUUCGAAAGAAGGUUGAUAAAUUGGAAGCAUCUCUUGAAGAAGCUAAUAUCUACAAGCUAUCAUCUGAUAAAUUACAAAAAUAUAAUGAACUAAUGCAACAAAAGAUAAAACUAUUGGAGGACCGUCUUCAAAAAUCAGACGAAGAGAUAAACUCUUAUGUUCAACUAUAUCAACAGUCAGUGAAGGAAUUUCAAGAUACACUUGAUGCUCUUAAAGAAGAAAGCAAGAAAAGGGCACUGGAUGAACCAGUGGAAGAUAUGCCAUGGGAAUUUUGGAGUCAAUUGUUGCUUCUAAUUGAUGGUUGGACACUAGAAAAGAAAAUAUCAGUAGAUGAUGCUAACCUUUUGAGAGAAAAGGUAUGGAAAAGGGAUAGGCGCAUUAGUGAUACAUAUAUGGCUUGCAAAGAACAGAGUGAAGACGAGGCAAUUUCUGCAUUUCUUGGGCUGUUAUCAUCGGCAACAAGUCCAGGAUUAUAUGUGGUUCAUAUUGCAGCAGAGAUGGCACCAGUAGCUAAGGUUGGUGGGUUGGGGGAUGUUAUCAGUGGUCUAGGUAAAGCAUUGAGAAAGAAAGGACACCUUGUUGAAAUUGUGCUUCCCAAAUAUGAUUGCAUGCAAUAUGACCGCAUCCGUGACUUAAGGGCUUUGGAUGUGCAGAUAGAGUCAUACUUUGAUGGUCAAUUAUUCAAAAAUAAAAUCUGGGUUGGCACUAUUGAAGGCCUUCCUGUUUAUUUCAUUGAGCCCCAUCACCCUGAUAAGUUCUUUUGGAGAGGAAAAUUUUAUGGCGAGCAUGAUGAUUUCAGACGAUUUUCAUUUUUUAGCCGUGCAGCUCUUGAGUUUCUUCUUCGAGCUGGCAAGAAACCAGAUAUCAUUCAUUGCCAUGAUUGGCAGACAGCAUUUAUUGCUCCUCUAUACUGGGAUAUAUAUGCCCCAAAAGGAUUAAAUUCAGCUAGGAUAUGUUUUACAUGCCACAAUUUUGAGUAUCAGGGGACUGCAGCAGCUUCAGAGUUAGAAUUAUGUGGUCUUGAUACCCACAAUCUAAACAGACCAGAUAGAAUGCAGGACAACUCGUCACAUGAUAGAGUUAAUUCUGUCAAGGGUGGAAUUGUUUUCUCAAACAUUGUGACAACAGUUUCACCUACAUAUGCCCAAGAGGUGAGAACUGCAGAGGGAGGGCAAGGCCUCCAUUCAACACUCUCUGCACACUCCAAAAAGUUCAUUGGUGUUCUUAAUGGUAUUGAUACUGAUGCAUGGAAUCCUGCCAUGGACACAUUUCUUCCAGUCCAGUAUAAUGCAAAUGAUCUUCAAGGAAAAGCAGAGAAUAAGGAAGCCUUGAGAAGGAGCCUAGGUCUUUCAUCUGCAGAUGUUAGGAGGCCAUUGGUUGGUUCCAUAACAAGAUUGGUUCCACAAAAAGGUGUUCAUCUUAUUAGACAUGCCAUAUAUCUAACAUUGGAGCUGGGAGGACAAUUUGUUCUGCUUGGUUCCAGUCCAGUGCCACAUAUUCAGAGAGAAUUUGAGGGCAUUGCCAACCAGUUUCAGAAUCAUGAUCACAUAAGGUUGAUAUUGAAGUAUGAUGAAUCUCUCUCUCAUACCAUCUAUGCUGCCUCUGACAUGUUCAUCAUUCCGUCAAUCUUUGAACCUUGUGGCCUAACACAGAUGAUAUCAAUGAGAUACGGUGCCAUACCUAUUGCAAGAAAAACUGGUGGCCUUAAUGACAGUGUUUUUGAUGUUGAUGAUGAUACAAUACCACCACAGUUUCGCAAUGGAUUUACAUUUGUGAACGCUGAUGAGCAGGGAUUAAACGGUGCUCUGGUACGUGCAUUUAAUCUCUACAGGAAUAAUCCUGAGAGUUGGAAGCAACUUGUUCAGAAGGACAUGAACAUAGAUUUCAGCUGGGAAUCUUCAGCAGCACAGUAUGAGGAGCUCUACUUAAAAUCUGUGUCUAGAGCAAGGGCAGCAAAACGUGCUUGACUGAGAGCUCACACGAAAAUGGACUUUCCUGUGCAAUUCAUUCAAUUUUGUCAAUUUCGAGGUUGGAUCAUAGAAGCAAUCUUUCUUCACACACAAUGAAUUUUAGGUAAUAUUUCAAGUUAACUAUGCCUCGCAAGAUUGUGUACUUAUUUUUCUAGUUUUUUUUAAAAGAAAUAUUUCAGCUGUAUACACAGGUUAUACAUGUAAAUGUUACAACUUAAUUCUCUUCUCCACUAAAAAAAAUGAAUAAUGUAAUGAAAUAUUAAACAAAAUGUUCACUGCUUGUAGCAUUUUCCUUCCAGCAGUAUAUUAUUUUAUCUAUUGGUUCUCAUCCUGCUGGAUGAGAAAGUGGAUG